GCUGCUGUCUUAUGAAGAAUUUGUCAAUUUUCCCUGGAAAGACAUUUGAUUUUGAGGCCACGUGUGCAGGCCGGGUGUGGACACUUUUUGCAGCGCGCACCCCGGAAAAACCGGGUGUGCAGCUUUGUGUAUAAAUGGGCGCCGUUAUCGACAACUUGUGUUCACUUCUGACCAGGAAGAGUCUGCAAGAGGAAAACACAAAGACAAGAUCAAGAGAAGAAGGGAAGAUACUCUGGAGAAAACUUACUCCAACCGGACAAUAGCUUCUGCGCAUUCCCUCUUCGGAUAAUACACCAACAAAUACUGCGAACAUGCCUGUCUCGAGGAUGAGGAUGAGGCCGUGGCUGGAGCAGAUGAUCGAGUCCAACACCGUCUCGGGGCUGCACUGGGUUGACAAGGACCAGAAGAUGUUCUGCAUUCCCUGGAAGCACGCAGCUCUGCAAUGCUGGGAGAUGGACAAGGACGCCUCUCUGUUCAAAAUGUGGGCCAUCCACACCGGGAAGUACAGUCAAGGCCAGAACACCGACCCAAAGACGUGGAAGGCCAACUUCCGCUGCGCAAUGAACUCGCUGCCUGACAUUGAGGAGGUGAAAGACAAGAGCAUCCACAAGGGCCAACAAGCCGUGCGCGUCUUCAGAAUGCUGCCUGUCACCCCGAAAUCUGGAGAUAAACACAGAAAACCAAAGGACAAAAAGCAGAGGAGGAAGGUGGUCAAGACAGAGGAAGACACAGACUACAGCGAUACUCAGUCGCCCAUGGAUGUGUCAAUGAUGGAGGAGUCCACCCAGGAGAACACGGUGGACAGUACAGUGGAGACACAGCAGCAAGUUUGUGGAUCGGACCAUUUGGUCCCCGACUGGGCUCUCUCACUCGAGGUCGAGACAGAUAACUUUUCCAACAACUAUUGCCAGAGAUUCCAAGUUUCACCCGACCACAGCCCCGAUUACAACUAUUCCCAGGACAUAAUGGAGCAACUGGAGAGAGACGCAAACUUUUUGCCGAGCAGUUUCGAUGUCAUGAGGUUCCUGAACAAUGAAGUAUGCAAUUAGCUUGCAACCAACGAACCAACAAUCUAACCAACCCAACAUACAACCAGCCAAACGUCCAACCAACCAGCCAAACGUCCAACCAACGAACCAAACGUCUAACCAGCAAAAUGUCCAACCAAUGAACAAACCAUCUAACCAACCCAACGUACAACCAACCAAACGUCCAACCAGCCAAACAUAAAACCAACGAAAGAACCUUCUAACCAACCAACAAACAUCCAACCAGCCAAACCUCCAACCAGCCAAACGCCCAACCAACCAACCAAACCUCAGCCCAACAUUGCAGCAAAGUUACAGACUCAUAGAUAUCAGAGACAUUAACAUGCCUGAUGUUUUCCAUCAAGAUCCAUCCAUCGUUCUCUGAGAAAUCAGUGAAAAUGUUGUACAACUCCUCACAAUGUUAAAUAAAGCUGAAACCAA